AUGGCCGCCGCCACGCAAGCGAAAAAAACUGACCGUACGGGUGUAGGGGCGAAGGAAACUUGUGCGGCGUCGCAACGCCUUGCGGCUUUAUGGGAUGGUCUGCCGGUGUUUGUGUCUCCUCUUUCCAUUAAAAGGAGCACACCAGCCGUGGCGGGCAUCCUCCGAUCAGCCCGGCGGGCUUACGCUGAGGCCGUAGGGUCGCAAUUUGGAAUAAGCAACAACAGUUCAUGUGACCGCGUUCCAUCACUUGGAGGAGGGCAGAGCCUUCUGAUAGACGGUGCGGUAGCCGUGUUGAGGCAGAGUGAACCGGCAGGUUUGGCGGAAUGUUUAGACGCCACGAAAGACAACAGUGUGCGGCACGACAACGGUUUUUGGGAGGCGGCAGGCGAAAAUGGAACCGAUGGAUUAAAGGAUAGAGAGCGAGGGGCACCAUCGCAGUGUGAAUUGAUUGCGCUAGAGGAAGUGCAGGCAGACAGACUCGACAAUUUUUCCCCUCGCGGUACGCUCCCAUGCAGCGAGACGGUUGCUACGGCAGUCACAGCAGCUGUCAGUGCAGAAACAGAAUUAGAAACAUCACAUGGAAGUGAGGGUGCUGCAGGAGAGGCGAUGACAACAAAGGUAACAGGGGCGGUGGAAAUAACAAAAACUUUUAUGCAGACUUUGGGCCCGGAAGAAGAGCAGAAUCGCACAGCUGCCGGGAAUUUUGUUGGCUGCGGUGAAAAAAUCGCGACUGCUGCUGCUGACCGCAAGGAAACCGACGGUGUUUCUCCGAAUACUGACGAGUUGUCUAAAAAAGCGCCGGCGUACUUUGAGGAGUGGUGA